CUAUGGCGGCCCCAACGGCUGUCCGGGGCGCGGAGGGCGAUGAGCGGGAGCGCCGACGACGACGACGGCGGCGCUGGGGCCGCGGCGCUGUCCGGAGGGGGCAGUCCCGGAGGGGGCAGUCCUGGAGGGGAUGGCUUCGUCCCGUCUGCGCUGGGGACCCGAGAGCAUUGGGAUGCUGUCUAUGAGAGAGAACUGCAAACUUUCCAAGAAUAUGGAGAUACAGGAGAAAUCUGGUUUGGAGAAGAGAGUAUGACUCGACUAAUAAGGUGGAUGCAGAAACACAAGAUCCCAUUGGAUACUUCAGUGCUUGACAUUGGAACUGGAAAUGGUGUUUUCCUGGUUGAACUUGUUGCUCAAACUCUGGAAAUCUGUAUGUAUAAAAGGAAGAUGAGUUUUUGCACUUCCAGUAGGACAAAGAUCCCUUUUCUUAGAGUCUCCUGUGAGUCUUUUUCUAAUGCAAAAUUUGGUUUCUCUAAUAUUACUGGAAUUGAUUACUCUCCUUCUGCAAUACAGCUUUCUGGAAGUAUUAUAGAGAAAGAAGGUUUAUCUAACAUUAAGUUGAAGGUAGAAGACUUUUUGAAUCCUUCCACAAAGCUGUCUGGAUUUCAUAUUUGUAUUGACAAAGGGACUUUUGAUGCCAUAAGCCUUAAUCCUGACAAUGCAGUUGAGAAGAGGAAGCAGUAUGUGAAAUCUCUCUCCAGGGUGUUGAAAGUGAAAGGCUUUUUUCUAAUAACCUCAUGUAAUUGGACCAAGGAAGAGUUGCUAAAUGAAUUCAGUGAAGGAUUUGAACUUUUCGAAGAGCUGCCUACACCCAAGUUCAGCUUUGGAGGCAGACCUGGAAACAGUGUAGCAGCAUUGGUUUUCCAAAAAACCUGAGACUUUUCAUUGGACAAAUUCAGUUAGCUUUGCUAAGAAGCUCUACAUCAAAGUAAACCUGACAGAAAAUGGAAGUGCAAAUAAAUGUUUAGUAAGUACACAGGAUGCACAUGUUGAAUAGAUAAAAUGGGUUGGUAAAAAGAAUCAGGAGCAUGUAAGUGGUUGGGUUUUAGAGGUCAACCAAGAAUAAUUUAAAAUUUUCUUUUGUAUUUGAGAUGUAAAUAUUUUUCUUUCUGAUUUAAAAAAAUUUCCUGUAACUGCUGAACAGUUAAAAACUUUAAAGCAGUAAAUGAAUUUACAGAAAGCGUGUAUUCUUGAUUUUUUGUGUGCCUUGGUAAAAGUGAACUGAAAAUAGCUAUUUAUGAAGAUUUGACCAAGCUAUUCCACAGCCAGAAUAAUAAGCCAAACGACUUUCUUAAUGUUUUGAUAUUUUGGGAUGAAUGGUAAUUUAAAAAAAAAAUUAUUUAAUGCCUCAGAAAAUCCCCCAGCCCUUAUGUGUAUAAUUAAACAAAAUCAGAUAAAUGUGUCAGUUGAUCAAGAAAUAUUUAUUGAGCUUGUAUUUUGUGGCUGAUGGUCUUCUACACACUGUGAGGGAUAAAUGGUAGAAGGAAAGACAACUAAGAGAUACUGUCAUAUGCUGGCACUAGACUAAGUUGUAUUAUCUUACUAAGUCACUGAAUUCCUUCAAAUCUUCUUGAAGCAUGUAUUAUUCCUGUUUCUACAUAUCAGAUAGCUAGUACAGGGUAGAGCCAGGAUUCUUCUCAGAGUCUGACUCUAAAACCUGUUUUCUUCCCUUAGUAGAUUUACCUCCUGGGUCUAAGUCUCUGCCUUUAUGGCAUUUACAGUUCAAUUGGGGAACUAGGACUAGUCUGUUGAAAAUUCUGUUAGAGAAGCUGGGCAGUUAUUUUUAGGAGCUCUGCAGCUCCUUGUUAGUGACUGUUGAUCAGUGGACUGUGAGUCAUCAUUACUUUUCACCAUCUCCCUGCUUGUCUUAAAAAGACUUGCCUAAUCAAGAACUGAGUUGUGUCAUUCUUCUGUGAAAGGUGGUGUAAGUUUUAUAUAUAUACAGCCUCAGGGACACGGGGACAAAGAUGUUCUACUUAGGGGCUGAUUAGCAAGAGAAACAGCUUAUUUAUGAAUGUUUUCGAAAAGAUAAGUUUUAUUAAUCCUUAGUGCCGUUUUGUUUUGGGCUAAUAUUUUAAUAUUGGAGUUACAAUACGAGUUUUUAGAAAGUGAUAAUACUGUUUAUGGUUUUUAGCUUUGGGGGCCUUGUUGGGUUACAAGACAAACAGAAUUUUUGUUUGUUUGGCAAAUGUUGUUCCAGGACUGAGCAAGUCUAGUGUUACACCCUUUUUCUUUUCAUUUUUGUUCUCGGGAGGGGUGGGGGCACGAGGAGAAGAAGGGUGGUUUGAUUUAGAGCAACAUUAAUCAACCAUUGAGAUUACUGUCUGCCUUGCACAAGAGAACUAAAGACAUUUACAUAAACUUUCAACACAAAUAACAUUUUUAGAAAAGCUUUAAUUUUUAAGAUGUAAAAAAUGAGAAAUUACUUUCAAAUACAUGUGAUUUAAAUGUGUAAAAUUGUGUUGAUUUUAUAAACUAGACAUGGGAU